AUGGCGGUCAUUGACCAGGACAACUUCUCCAACAUUUCAUGGCAUAGUGAGCAGAACGGAGGGACGGCAGCCUCGACCGCGCAAGCAGACCAUCACGCGCCCAACAGCCCAGAGUACGCAAGAAGCGGACCAGACGACGGAAGGACUGGUGACAACGCCGCCGGUAUGGAACACGACGAGCUCGAUCACAGCGGCGGCGAGAUCCUCGACUGCACUGUGUCCGACCCGCACAAGGAGAACGAUGGCACCAAAGAUGCCUAUGUAUCUUAUCUAAUCACGACAAAUACCACUUUCCCUUCCUUCCAGAAACCCAAAACCACAGUACGACGACGGUUUACCGAUUUCGUCUUCCUCUACAAGGUCCUAUGCCGCGACUACCAAGCCUGCGCUGUCCCUCCGCUGCCGGACAAGCAGCGCAUGGAAUAUGUGCGGGGCGACCGGUUCGGCACUGACUUCACCGCGAGGCGAGCAUACUCGUUGCAGCGAUUCCUGGCUCGCCUGGCUCUUCAUCCGAUAUUGCGGAAAGCCGACAUUCUCCAUGCCUUCCUGGAGAGCCCCGACUGGAACGCUACCAUGCGCAGCCGGUCGGUCCGGGGAUCGCUAGCAUCGCCCGGCGGCCUUGGUGAUUCGACUCUCGGUGGAAGUGCUGCGGCGGGCGGCGGCGGCGGCGGUGUGUUUGAUACGUUUGCGGACAGCUUCAUGAAUGCAUUCACAAAAGUGCACAAGCCCGACCGGCGGUUUAUCGAAAUCAAGGAGAAGAGCGACAAGCUGGAUGAAGACCUGAAUCACAUCGAAAAGGUGGUGGCGCGGGUGGCGCGCCGGGAAGCCGAUAUCGAGUCGGACCUCAAGGACCUAGCCGAGCAGUUCCAGAAGCUGAUCACCUUGGAGCCCGGAACCGAGACGGCCGUGCGUGCCUUUGCCGCUUCGGUGGAGGACACGGCAUCCGGACUCAAGAAACUCAAAGACCACACCGAUCAGGACUACCUCGGCUCGCUACGGGAUAUGGUGGCAUACAGCGGCGCCCUCAAGAACCUGCUCAAGGCGCGCGAGCAGAAGCAGCUCGACUACGAGCAGCUGACCGAGUACCUCAACAAGAGCACGACGGACCGCGACAUGCUGGCGUCAGGCCAGAGCUACGGCGCCGGCUCGGCGCUCAUGAGCGGCGCAGGCGGCUUCAUUCGGUCCAAAAUCGAGGACGUCCGCGGCGUGGACCACGAGCAGGCGCGCCGCGACCGGCAGCGGAAGCUCGAGCUCCGUAUCGAGGAGCUCACGCGCGAGGUGGAGGUGGCGCGCAACGAGUCGGAAAGCUUCGCGGAGCAGGUCAGCCGCGAGGUCGAGAGCUUCGACUGGAUCAAGCGCGUCGAGUUCAAGCGCCAGUUCAGCGGGCUGGCGGACGCGCACAUCGAGUUUUAUGGCGAGGUCAUGUCGGUAUGGGAGCAGUACGUGAUGGAGAUGGAGAAGGAGGGGGUCGUCCUCCCGGCAUAG